AUGUUUGUUGGCUUACAAGAACACCGACACGACAUGAACAGGCUGCCGCCGCCCAACACUUUCAACCAGGCUCGCAACGACGACGUGCCUCGUGUUCUCCCCAGCCUCUCUUCCUUUGGCUACGACGACAGGAUGGACGUGGAUGCCCGCUACGAAUCGAAACCCUCGGGAGGCCCUCGCCAUGAGGUGGAAGUCGCAACGACCCUCGCCUCUAUGGCCUCCUUCAACAUCAAAUCGCCCACGCUUCCCUCUCCAACCCAAAGCUUCUCCUCGGUAAAGUCUGAAGUCCCAGGAAUGACGAGGUCAACCAAUUCCCAGUUCUCCUCUCCAGAACCUAGAUCACCGGACCUGCCUUCAGUAAACAGCCACCUAUCUUUCGGCAAGGACGGCGGCAACAGCAACUCACAAAUUACCCUCCCGCGCCUUCGCGAGCUGGAUCUGCGGCUUCCAGAACCCGAGUUCCCCUCCGCGCCGUCAAGCUCAAGCUUCAUGGGCUCGCUCAACGGACCUCGCCGCACAAGUCUCGAGUCCAUAGGCUCAUUUCCGGAAACGCGCAUCGACGUCUCGUCGCCCACAGCAUUUCGCAUGCCCAUCCCACCCAUGGCUUAUCCGGAUGCUCUCCCGUCGCCAACCCACAGGAGCCAUCCCCUCUCACCACCCGGCCGCCGCCUUCAGCAGAGGCUUCCCGUAACCAUGCGCACAGGAGGCUCCAGCCCUAACCGCCGUCCUCGCCGCUCGCCCACGGGCUCCCGUUGCAACGUGAAGUACACGAUUCAGCAGGUCGACUUCAUUGACUACUUCCGUGUGGACCACCACCUCUCCUGGAAAGAAGUCGAGGCGAAAUACGCCUCCGUCUUCCCUGAGGACGCGGCCAAGGGUCACAAGCGCGGCCCUCAAGGACUGCAGGGUGUGUACUACCGCAAGAACAAGCAAAUCCCUGCCACGGACCAGAACAACCUCUUCAUCUUUGACGAGGACGAUAACCCCCGGACCUUCCAGUGUGACGUACGGGAACAGGGCAAAAAAAUGAACAACUCCAUCGGGCUGUUGGCCAUGCACCCUGAACGAGCCAUUACGUACUCUUGGGUUUCUGAGGAGCACAAGAGGCAGUACGAUAAGAUUGGUCGCGCAAGACAAGCACAGCUCGAUGCCGCAGAGCAGCGCAAGAAACGCAGGCGAGCCAUUCAGAACAGCAGGCUUUGA